UAACUAUCAUAUAAACUUCUGACACAAAUAUAAUCCGUCUAGUUGGGUGAAGAUCACUACAUGUAAACUCAUUCCAGAAAAUCAAUGCCUGAUCUGGUUUGCUAAAUAAAUAUUAAACACAGUGGACUAUGAGAUUCCACAAUGGUGGUCACUGGUUUUAAAAGUGUUGAAUGGUCACUGUUGGCUGUCAUCUCUUUAAUCCUCUGUAUAAUAUCCACCACUGCCGCUGAAUCAAGGGCAGCAGUUCGUUCAGUUUUGGACUGUGCGCUUGAUAAUGACACGUACAUCUGCACCGGUGCUCAGUACCGCAUGCACUGCAACACAAGAAUGAAUCGUUUCUCCUACCAAAGAUACCAAUACCAAAACCAAUACCAGUGCAUGAGUAAAGACUGUAUCUGUGUUGGUAAUAAUGACACCUGUGCAUGCUACUAUAAUACUUCAUCCUGCUUCUGUGAGAAUAUUAGCAAUAACAUCACUAUCCCUACAGCAGUUAGACCAGUCUAUGACUGUGGGCUUUAUAGCGACACAUACAUCUGCACUGGUGCUCAGUACCACAUGUACUGCAACACAAGUGUGCAUGAUUUCCAUUACUAUAAAUACCAUUACCACUGUUUUAGUGAUAACUGUAGCUGCAUUGGUGAUCAGGACACAUGUGUGUGCAACUAUAAUAUGUCAUCCUCCUGCUUCUGUACAAAUAACAACAAUAGCAUCACUAUCCCUGCAGCAGUUAGACCAGUCUACGACUGUGGUCUUUACAACGACACGUACAUCUGCACUGGUGCUCAGUACCGCAUGUACUGCAACACAAGAAUGCAUAGUUUCUACUACUGGAAAUAUCAGAACCAAGACCAAUACCAGUAUGAAUGCUGGAGUAAUAACUGUAACUGUGUUGGUAAUAAGGACACCUGUACUUGCUACAGUAGCACUCUGUCCUCCUGCUUCUGCGAGACUAACAGCAAUAGCAUCACUAUCCCUAUCCCUACAUCAGUUAGUCCAGUCACAGACCCUGACUGUGUGCUACAAAACAACACGUACAUCUGCACUGGUUCUCAGUACCGUAUGUACUGCAACACACAAAUGCAUGAUUUCUCCUACCAAAAAUAUCAGUUCCAGUUCCAGUACCAGUGUGUGAACAAUGACUGUGACUGUGUUGGUAAUAAGGACACCUGUACGUGUUCUAGUACUACUCUGUCCUCCUGCUUCUGUGAGACUUAUGGCAAUAUCAUUGCUCUCACUACAGCAGUUAGACCAGUCUAUGACUGUGAGCUUUAUAGCGACACAUACAUCUGCACUGGUGCUCAGUACCAAAUGUACUGCAACACAAGUGUGCAUGAUUUCCAUUACUAUAAAUACCAUUACCACUGUUUUAGUGAUAACUGUGGCUGCAUUGGUAAUAAGGACACUUGUGUGUGCAAAUAUAAUAUGUCAUCCUCCUGCUUCUGUACAAAUAACAACAAUAGCAUCACUAUCCCUGCAGCAGUUAGACCAGUCUACGACUGUGGUCUUUAUAAUGACACGUACAUCUGCACUGGUGCUCAGUACCGCAUGCACUGCAACACAAGAAUGCAUUAUUUCGACUACUGGAAAUAUCAGUACCAAAACCAAGACCAAUACCAGUAUGAAUGCUGGAGUAAUAACUGUUACUGUUUUGGUAAUAAGGACACCUGUACAUGCUACAGUAGCACUCUGUCCUCCUGCUUCUGUGAGACUAACAGGAAUUACAUUGCUCUCACUACAGCAGUUAGUCCAGUCUAUGACUGUGGGCUUUAUGACGACACAUACAUCUGCACUGGUGCUCAGUAUCACAUGUACUGCGACAUAAGUGUGCAUGAUUUCUACUACUGGAAUAACCAUUACUACUGUUUUAGUGAUAACUGUGGCUGCAUUGGUGAUCAGGACACCUGUGUGUGCAACUAUAUGUCAUCCUCCUGCUUCUGUACAAAUAACAACAAUAGCAUCACUAUCCCUGCAGCAGUUAGACCAGUCUACGACUGUGGUCUUUAUAACGACACGUACAUCUGCACUGGUGCUCAGUACCGCAUGCACUGCAACACAAGAAUGCAUAGUUUCUACUACUGGAAAUAUCAGUACCAAAACCAAGACCAAAACCAAUUCCAAUGCUGGAGUAAUAACUGUUACUGUGUUGGUAAUAAGGACACCUGUACUUGCUACAGUAGCACUCUGUCCUCCUGCUUCUGUGAGACUAAUAUCUACACUCCAAACACACUCAGUCCAACUACUACAGGUCUGGAUAACAUUGAUAACAUGCCGGAUCAAUGCAGGAGUCAGAACUCUACAGGAUGUUUUCAAAAUCUUCUUGACAAGAUAGAGAACAUUACAGAUCAAGAGCUUUCUUUGGAUACUGUGACCACCAUUUUGACUAUGGCCUUCAACGCUUCAGAGAAGAUUUUAGAGUCAUCAUCAUCAGUCAGCCCAACUGAACUAGCCUCCUAUGCAAACCGUGUGUUAAAAAUUAGCGAGAAACUCAUAUCUACAUUGGUGAAGCCAACAGACACGAGUGCCAAUGUCAGUUUUACUCUUGCCACUGUAGAGGGACAAGUCUUCAUGGUUGGACCAAAUGUAGCAUUAGAUAAAAUCCCUCGACUUGACACAACAAGUUCUUCUGUGGACAUCGAUCUCAUUGGGAUCGCCAAGAACAACAGUGAAGGAUCUGCUGCUGUGGCUUUCAUGAGUUUUAACACAAUGGAGAAUCUACUUAAGCCCGACUUCUUCAACACAUCAAAUGACGCGGUUAAAACCAUGAUGUCCACUGUGAUCUCAGCUACUCUUCCCAAAACCACCAACACUAAACUCACCAAACCAGUCAACUUCACCCUCAAACACAUCAGAGAGUUUGACCCCAGCGGUUCUCUGUCCUGUGUGUACUGGAACAUCAGCGAGUGGAUUGUAGAUGGUUGUUCUGUUUUAAAGACCAACAGCAGCUACACUGUGUGUUCCUGUGUUCAUCUGUCAACAUUCGCUCUCAUGCAAACCAGCCGCCGCCCAUCAGAGAGCGCUCCACGGCUGGACCUGUUGAUUUUGGUGUGUGUGAUCGUGGGGCUGGUGUUCCUCAGUUCGGCCCUGUUGACCUUUGCCCUUUGUCGGUGGACUCGUAUGUGUGAUUGGAUAGUUGGUCACUCUGGUUGUGUCAGGCUGGUUCCUGGAGGCUAUGUCAGGGAAAUGUCAGGCAACAGUACUGGAAGUGCUUCAGAUGUCUUUGCUGUGGACUCAAACCCAACAACAUCAGAAGUGUCCCAAGAAAAACACUCCAACGUCACGUUAAACCUAGAACGCGUGAACCAAAAUAUCUACACCAAUGCAUAAAUGAGGGUGUUCUAAAAAAAAAGUUUCCUAUUAAUGAUAAAUAAAUAACCAAGCAUGAA